GCCAAACUCCAAAGGCUUAGAUCUAAAUAUUCAAGCCCAGCAAAUAGUAUGCAAUGAUUUGAUAGUUCAUGUUUGAAAAAUCAAUCUAUAAUCCUCUCUGCUUUAUGGAUUUGUCAGUUUGUCUGAUUUUGGAUCAUCAGGACGAAUCUUCCCAGCCAGCGACGACCAAUCGUUGAAGAUUAUUGAGGAGUACGUUUGAUGUUUGAGUAUCAGGACAAAUAUUUCUAGCCAACGACUGACGACCGUUCGUAUGAUGGAGGAGGACGCUUCAAACGACAGAAAUCUUGGUUGUGAUUUCAGACAAUUAAACUGUCUUAGGUAGCCUGGCUAGGGAUGUGACUUUCACUGGUAUAAGGAAUCAGUAACUGGUCGCAACAAGAGGAAUGUUCCCUUGGUGACAGACAUCUCUUGAGACAACACACCGUCGUCCAAGAAUGUCCUCGUGAUAUCUGUCCAUACGUGUCCUCGGGCUAGAUAAUUAUCGCACCAACAUUCGCCUCCCAGUCUGAGAGACAGAUCGGCAUUUCUCGGCUGAUUUUCUUGGUUGGAGGGGCAUGCUGAUCUCAAUCCCACACUCUAAAAGCCACAGAGUGCCAAUUAGGAUAUAAUCCACAGACACAACAUCGUUAAAAGAGGCUUUCGGGAUCACUUUUUUUCUAAAGACUUCAGCAACGUAGUUUUUUAUGUGUUAGAGAAGCACUUUUCCGUAUUGACAAAAACAGCUUUUUGGUGUUGAUCCAUACCGGGCGCAUGCCAGUCAUUGUGAGGCGUGUGAGACAUACAAAAGUUAUAAGAGGAUUACUUUACAAGUUGAUAAUAGUCGAUGGGAAAUUCAGAGUAGAAAUUCCCAAUAUCAAUAUUUGAUUCGUCGAGUGGAUCAAUUACUUGUACGAAAUGUGUAACUGUAAAUGGAAUACGACUUGGUAAUACUAGACUAGAAUUCGUGUUGGCAAGAUGUCCAACGGACUACCGUUUGAUUUCCCUAACUUUAAUGGACAUUUCGGUGAGAUUCUUUGGACGGGGUACUUAGGAUGUGGUCGCUAUGGUAAUGUUUACCAUGGUUACCUGAUCAAAGAAGGGAAAGAUGUCGCUGUGAAGGAAGUGAGAGGAGACAUUGACCCGAGACAAUGUCGGACUAUCCUGGGGGAAUGGUGUUUCCUGAGACACCCGAAUGUCCUUAGGUUCUUUGACUUUCACAUGGAGACUACUGCUCUGAGAGGCACGACUUUGCACCUGAUGUUGGAGUACGCCAAACACCGUUCUAUAAAAGACUACCUCCAACAACACCAGGUUGUACCAGAUCACAAUUUCCUGCGCUGGAGCUUACAGGUUACCGGAGGACUAAAAUUCCUCCACAGCAAUAACAUCAUACACAGACACCUAAAAUCAUCCAAUAUUCUCUUGGACGCAAACUACAAUGUUAAGUUAUCUGAUUUUGGGUACGAAUUCGUUAAAAGGAACCUUUAUAAGGAAUUAUUCGUGGAGGUUUCUUGGAUUGCGCCGGAGCUUAUCCGGGGGGACCAAUCGGUGGAGGCGGUCGCUUCGGGCGGGAGCAUUGAGGCCGAUGUGUUCGCCCUUGGCAUGGUCAUGUGGGAGAUGACCACUUGUGACCAGCCAUACAAGGAGAAAGACAACCAGUACCAGAUCAUGUGGGCGUCCUGUGUGAGGGCUGGGAGACCGAGGAUCCCUCAGAACUGCUCGGAGGAGAUCAGUGAACUGAUUCAGGACUGCUGGCACCAAGUGCCCGUCAUGAGACCAGAUGUCGAGAACAUCCUCAGGCGGCUGGAGGAGAUUGAACUGCCAAGAAGUGAACAGAAACGGGUCUGAUUGUACCGACGUUGGCUUUAAGCUAAAGGAACUUUUAGUUGGUCAGGAUGAGUCCCAUCAACCUACUUUGGUCAUUUCGUCCAUAGUAUGACCUCGUGGUCGUUGUAUGAGCUAGGCGGAAGACCUGCCAGGGCAUUUCGCAUUCGGACUACACAACGUACCGCUGGAUCUUUGUUUCAAUGAAGACAAAACGUUGUUUACUUUUGGCGCAGUGUGUGGCGCUGUCCCGGAUGUUGUCUGUUUCGAGAGCAGGACACGACAUUGGUUUGGUUGUGUCACAUCCGCUCGUGCGCUCCCGUUGUAUGAUCAUACUUGAUUUUUAGUCUACCCAUUGCAAAAUAUCCUCUUUUAUCAAAAUACAUUUAUCUACAGUAGAAUGUAUUCGGCUGAUCUACUAGUGUGAUUGUUCCAACAACGAUAUUUGAUGGUUUGGUUAUACUGUCAACUCGGAAAGGUCACGUCCUGUCUGCCCUCUGCCGAUGUCAGAGGGAUCGAGAGGCGCGUCAACGAGGAGAGAUAGAUUUUACAAUAACUAGAUAAGGUCCUCAUAUAAUAUUCAUAAUAUCAAUAAAUAUACUCUC